AUGCAUCUCCCGGCUCUCACACUUGGCUUCCUUGUGGCUUUCCUCCCCACCAUCGCCGUCGCCUUGACCCAUAAAGGCGUGGACUGGUCUUCCCUGCUGGUCUCCGAAUCUGCCGGUCGCUCAUUCCAGGACAUCAAUGGCCAAACGCGGCCGCUUGAGCAAAUCCUCGCGUCGAAUGGCGUCAACACGGUCCGUCAGCGCGUGUGGGUAGGCGCGGGGAGCACGUACAAUCUCGACUACAACCUCCGUCUUGCGCGCCGCGCAAAGGCCGCAGGCAUGAACGUGUACCUUACGUUGCACUUUAGCGACAACUGGGCCGACCCGGGCCAGCAGACCAUCCCUGCCGGCUGGCCAAGGGACAUUGACAACCUCUCGUGGAGGCUUUACAACUACACCAUGGAGGUGGGGAAUGCGUUUGCCGGCGCCGGCGUCACGCCGUCCAUCAUCAGCAUCGGUAACGAGAUCCGAGCGGGGCUUUUGUGGCCCACCGGCGACUACAACAACUUUUACAACAUGGCUAGACUUCUCCAUUCCGCCAGCAGCGGUAUUAGGGAUAGCAGGCUGGGCAGAGCGCCAAAGAUCAUGGUGCAUUUGGACAACGGCUGGAACUGGGACACGCAAAAGUGGUUCUACGAGAACCUGCUCAAGCAGGGGCCCUUUGUCCCGGGAGACUUUGACCAGAUGGGCGUUUCUUUUUAUCCCUUUUACGGCCCCGACGCAACAUUCGCCAACCUCAAAACAAGCCUGACCAACAUGGCGAGCGCGUGGGGCAAGGAAAUCGUCGUCGCAGAGACCAACUGGCCUACCUCGUGCCCGUCGCCGCGCUACCAGUUCCCCGCCGACGUGCGCAGCAUCCCCUUCUCCGCCGACGGCCAGACGCAGUUCUUCCGCCGCGUCGCCGAGAUCGUCUCGGGCGUCCGGGGUGGCAACGGGCUGUUCGUGUGGGAGCCCGCCUGGAUGGACAACCAGGCUCUCGGGUCUUCUUGCCAGUCAAACACCAUGUUUGCGUGGCCGGGCAAGGCCUUGUCGAGCAUGAGCGUCUUCAAGUCGAUCUGA